AUGGGUCCAAAACGAGCUGACAAUGCUAACAAAAACCGACGCGUAUCACAACUAAUAGUUGCUCCAACAGAAGAACAAGGUUUUUUAGUUGAUUUUUCAUUCAGUCUCUAUGCACAUACGUACGUUCUAUCUAUAGAAAACCAUCAAUGUCUCGGUAAAUUUGCUGCUGAUUUGGAGAUAUGUUGUCGAGAACUGUCUUCAAUGCCUCCAUAUCUCACUAUUCCGGUGUACAAUCGUAAUCUUCCAUCUUCAGUAUCCCAACAAAUGGGUACAUAUUCAGGUGCAUCUGUCGCUCCAUCGUUGAUUGGCGGCGAAGAACAAUUCUCUUCAUCGGCCAAGUUGCCAUCUACUGCACGUAUUCCAUCGAAUAGUGGAACGUUAACUGGUCUAGAAACUGAUAAUCGAUCACAUAGUAUUCUUGGACGUGAAUCAAUCAGAUCUUCAUCAUCCUCUUAUCGUACAUUUCACCUUGUAUCAAACAGUGACUUUUAUCGUCCAAAAUUCCUAGCCGAUCCAGUUGGUCACGAGCAAGAUCCAAUCGAUCAAAUCAAAGCCUUAUAUAUGCGAGCCUGGCAACUUGAUCAACGGUUUAUUGACAUAUUGAAAAAGGUGCUUCCUUUACAAGAACAAUUGCAUACACUCGACUUUUGUUUUGUCGGACUGAACGCACAGACAAUCUAUGGGCUUGCUGACGUUUGUCAAACGAUCAAAAAUUUAAAAACUGUUUCACUGGAUGGAAAUCCAUUGGCAGGAGAGCAUUUCUAUACUCUAAUCGAUAAGCCUGAUUCGAAAAUAGUUCAUCUUUCCCUUCGAUUUUGCCAAGUCGGUGAUACAGGUAGUGAACGUCUUGCCAAUGCUCUGGGAACGAUGUAUAUUCAAAAUUGCAAAUUAUUAACAUUAACACUAACCGGUAAUCAAAUUGGUGAUCAUGGUGCUGAAUCUUUCGCAAAAGCAUUGCGAUACAAUCGAACAUUGAUUUCUCUUAAUCUUUCAUCGAAUUGCAUUACUGAUACAGGUGCAUGUGCAUUAGCAUUCGUUUUACGGCAGAUUAACUUGACUAACGACGAAAUCAUUCAUCGGAGACAUUUACUAUCGGAACGAUAUGGAGAUGCAAAUGCAAAUGACUUUCGUAUUUAUGCGACCUCACCAACUCCAUCAACAACAUCAACGAAAAGUCGUUCAGCUCGUGACUUGAGACGAACUUUGGAUUCCAAUAAGAACCGAAAAACGACCUCAACAAGAUCUACAGACAAACGUCAUAGGGCAGAUUCGAGCGAUGAAAAUCGUCCGCCGUCGACUAAUAAGAAUGAACAUAAGAAGGGAGCAAACGCACGCUCAACAUCCACAAACGCUCGAGGAGUUGCAUCUGAUUCAACACGAGCACCAACUGUAGCCCGUGGCAAGAAAACUUCGUCAAGUACGACGAAUGUGUCAAAGAAGAAUACUUCAUCUGCAAAAGAAGAUGACGAUCCCAAUGAAAAGGGUCAUCCACCUGUAGGAUCAUUAUCGGGAAAAUUACCAAUGCUAACGACCCAGCGAUCCGAACGUGAAAAUCCAUUAAUAGAAAGAAAUGAAAAUCAAUUAUCAAAUGGUGAAAUAAUUUUAAAAGGCAAUUUAGUUCUUUUGAACUUGAAUUUAUCUCGAAAUCAUUUAACUUUAAUAACGGUCAAUGAAUUUCUCCUUUCCGUUCAGUAUCAAUUGAAUAUAACACAAUUUCAUGAAACCAAUUACGCUUCCCUGGCCGAUUUCUCUGGUCUAUGUCGACUCGAACUCAAAGAUAUGGAAGAAGUAUCGAAAGCUUCCUCUGCUUAUCAAGCAUUAGAAACGCUUCUUGCUCAAAAGAAUCCAUUGCAUCGUUCUCAACAAAUUAAAGAAUACGAAGCAAAAUUGAUCGCUGAACAGCAACAAUCGGUUCCUAGUGUAUCAGAGAAGGCACGUGUUGGUUCGAGUCUCCGCUCGACCACUCAACGACCAACAUCCCGUGUUAAAGAUCCGAAUUGA